AUGGACUAAUGGACAAUGGUAUGGGCAUUGGAAAUGUUGUUUUUGUUAUUUAGUUUUAUUUUAACAUACACCCGUUACCCAUUCAAGUAGUUCGUACCCAUACACAUUUUUCCAUUGUAUUGUAUAUAGGUAUAUAGUUUCAGACUUUUUAGUACCUAUAUUAAACAGUCGUUGAAUCAAUAUAAUAUAUAUUUUUAAUUUAAAUUUGACAUUUAAAAACUGUUAACGUUGUGUUCAACUUAUACUUUCUUAAAAUUUUAUUUUAUUUUAAAACAAUGGCUAAUUCAAAUACAUUUUUUUUAUUAGUUCUUAUAGCUUUUAUUUCUACCAUAAGAUCUGCUGUAAGUAUAUCAUGUUACCAAUGUAACAGUACCGACAUUGAAAAUCAAUUUCGUUGUACAGAGUUCAUGGAUACAUACGGCCUGGAACCCAAACCCUGUACAAGUGUUUACAAUGCCGCUUAUUGUGUGAAACUGGUAGGCCGCUACGAAGGAGGACUUGGAGUUACACGUUACUGUUCAUCUCAUAAUUUAGGAAAUUACUGCAACUAUGUUCGCCGGCCAGGUGAUGUAUUAGAAUAUCGAACAUGUGUUUAUACUUGUGAUUCUGAUGGCUGUAAUAGUUCCAGCCAAGUAAAGUUAUUUGCAUAUUUGAUAUGUUUAUCUUUUUUGCCAUGGUUUAGAAAUCUAUUAUCUUAGACAUUAACAUUACCAAAAUAAUCUGAUAUAGUAGGUUUCAUAUAGUACUUACAUUUUAACUGUUGUAAUUAUUAUGCAUUAUUUUAUAUAUAUUUUUUAUAAAAUGAUCAUAGGUACUAUAAUGAAUUCCACAAUUUAAAUACACUACCUAUUGAUGUUCACACAUUUUUUUGGCCUUGAAAGUAAGGUCGUUUAGUUUUUGAAAAACCAACAUUGCUUAUAUUUGCUAUGAUCUAAUCAAAUAUGUAUUUUAUAUUAUUUUAUUUUAUUUUUUAGUAUUAACGCCAAUCGGUAUUUUACAGUAUUAUAAUAAUAAGUCACUUCCACUUAACAAAAAGUAGGUAUCCAUAUGAUGAAUAAUUCAUUUUUUUGAAAUAAUAUAGCUAACAUUUCAUGAAAUGAAUAGAUGUUAUUUGACAUUGUGGACAUUUUUUCAUAAUAUGGAUGUGCAUAUUGUGUAAUUUAUUCGUCACUUUCAGAAUACGAAAACUGCAUAUUAUUAAUCAAUACAAAUAAUUAUUAUUAAUUUUACAUAUUAUUUUAACUAAAACUAAUUUAUUUUUAUUUGUAUCUAGAAAAUAGGUUUCAAUAUCAGCGUAUUAGUAUUAUAUUACUAAUACUUUUUAAUUAAAAUUUUUUUGUGUUAUUUAAUAGUUUAAAAUUAUUUCUUUCAAAAAAUCAGAAAUUAAUUGAAACAAUGAUAUUUUAUACCUAAUAGUUUCAUUAUUUUUUUUUAAAUGUAUUUUUAUUAUUUAAUAUAACAAAUAUUAUGUUUGAAGGUUUCAUCAGAUCCCUAUUAAUUUUAUAUAUGCCCUCAAAUGAAGUUUAAAUUAAUUCUAGUAAUAUGAUAAGUAAAAAAAUAAUCAUUUGUAUUAACUUAUGCAGUUUGUAUUCUGU